UAAACAAACUGCACACUUUGCAAAGUGGCGAUAUCGGCUUCGCGGGGACGACAACCAAGCCUCUCACGAACCACUCCAGUCCUCUUAUUUCUCCUUUCGAAAACCACUUUCACUAACAAAAAAAAAAAGAAGCAGAAAGGAAACUUUUUUUUUCUACAGUAUUACUUUAUUUUUUUUAUUUAUUUUUUUACAUAGUCAACAUUUCUCGGUGAUUAUUGCGGACGGGGAAAAGGAUAUUUGAUGCGAGCUUGUCAUCGCAAGUAAAGACGGAACCGCCACAGCAAAACACAGGUUCGGAAAAGAGUUCCGAGUCCCGGCGAUUGGACCCUUACCCUGCCGAGCCCUGCCCGCUCCAGGAUCAGCCCCGUCCCGGCCGGAGCCACGCCACCCUUCACGCCCGGACACCCAGCACCAUUCAGCGCGAAGCUCUCUCACCAGAUCUAUGGCAUUGUGACAAUGAACAAGCGCACUCAGUUAUUGGAACAGCUGCAGUUUGUCCAGUUGAAAUGCACACCUCGAGACAUGCCCUGCGUGCAGGCUCAGUACGGGCCCGUCCCCCCAGGCUCCGCCUACUCCGGACAGUCCUUCGGUUACCAGGGCGACAGCUACAGCUCUGACCUCAUGACCUCCGACUACACCAAGCUGGACCUGGGCGGGGGCGAGAUCUCGGCCGCGGCCGCCACCACCUCCCUGCCCAGCUUCAACGUCUUCGUGGAGGGCGGCUACGAGCCCAAGUCGUCCUGCCUCUACCAGAUGCCCCCGCACAGGCCCGUCAUCAAAAAGGAGGAGGACAGCUACCCGACUGCGCCGCAACUGGAGGCCCUGUCCUCCUCCGCCAUGUACUUUAAACAAUCUCCCCCUUCCACCCCAACCACUCCCUCCAUGCCACCACAGCCCGGCACCUCCUUCCUGUGGGAGGAGCACUCCUUGGCCCCUCCGUCGCAUCCCCACUCCAUGGGCCCCAACCUGGACACAAGCGGCCUCAAGUCCCCCCGCUUCCCACACUUCUACCAACACUCGCCGCCCCACAGCGGGGGCAGCAUAGGAGGCUACGAGGGUCUCUCGGGGGGCCUGGUGCGCACUUCGUCCUCCUCUUCCUCCUCGUCGUCCUCAGUCUCCCACGCUCACGGCCCGCCCCUGGAUCAGCAGCCCAUGUACCAGCUGCACCGCGGGGCGGGGGGCACCAGCCUCACAUUCCGCUCCCUGGCUCUCGGCCCCUGUGGGCCCUUGCUCGGGGACAGCCUGCCCUCGCCUCCGCCUCGCGGCCCCCAAGGAGAGGGCACCUGUGCGGUGUGCGGGGACAACGCCGCCUGCCAGCACUACGGCGUCCGCACAUGCGAAGGCUGCAAAGGCUUCUUCAAGCGCACCGUGCAGAAGAACGCCAAGUAUGUGUGCCUGGCCAGUAAGAACUGUCCCGUGGACAAAAGGAGACGCAACCGCUGCCAGUACUGCCGCUUCCAGAAGUGUCUGAGUGUGGGCAUGGUCAAGGAAGUGGUGCGCACCGAUAGCUUGAAGGGGCGUCGUGGUCGUUUGCCCUCCAAACCAAAGAGCCCCCUGCAGACAGAGGUGGCCCCUCCCUCUCCGCCCCUCAGCUUGGUCUCCGCUCUGCUGCGGGCUUAUUCCCACUGCACGCCCCAUGACCUUGACUACAGCCAGUUCAGUGCUGCCGACCCCCCGUCCUCGUCCUCGGACGCCGAGCAGAUCCACCUUUUCUACCGGCUCCUCACUAUUUCGAUGGAGACCACACGGUGCUGGGCCGACCGACUGCCGGGGUUCUCCGAGCUCCUGCGGGACGAUCAGAACCUGCUAAUAGAUUCCGCCUUCUUGGAGCUGUUUGUGUUGCGGUUGGCUCAUAGGUCGACGCUGUCUGAGGACAAACUGGUGUUCUGUAACGGUUUGGUGCUGCACAGGUUCCAGUGCCUUCGUGGGUUUGGAGAGUGGCUCGACUCCAUUCGGGACUUUUCUAACCAUCUCCAUAGCCUCAACCUGGAUGCCUCCGCCUUCGCCUGCCUGGCCGCGCUCGCCCUGCUCACAGAGCAAGUCCCUGGCCUGAAAGAUUCCAAGCGUGUGGAGGAGCUUCAGAACAAAGUGAGCUGCUGUCUCAGAGACCACCUGGGCUGUGGACCCUCAUCGUCGUCAAAGGCGGCGCCCGCCCUGAGUCGUAUUCUGGGCUUAAGGGCGGAGCUGCGUUCCCAGAGGACUCAGGGCCUUCAGAGGAUCUUCUACCUGAAGCUGGAGGACCUGGUGCCACCCCCGCCUUUGAUUGACAGGUUUCUGGACACCGUUCCUUACUAAUGGCGGACGGGUGGCGAGGACAGACUCACUUUGCUAUGUGAUGCCAACAGGACGAGCAUGUAAAGAGACACAGAAAAAAUGCUUUGCCACCUCUGACUUUUUGCUGUGUGGCAGUCCUGUUUAGAUGUACACUGGCCUGCUUCUCUUGCGGGCGGACAUUUUUUAGAGUCAUGACAGGAGCAUUGCAUACACAUGUCAGCGUCGACACAUUUCAAUAACGCAGGAAGCGAGUUGUUUGAUUCCAAGUGCAAUUUUUGACUGCUUUCUUAUCUUAGGAAGCUUAAGGAGUGGUUUCAUUUCAAACUCUAAAUGAUUUGCCUGACAUUGUCAGUCUAGCUGUGGAAGAGAGAAGAAAGAAUGCUUUAGAAGAGAAAACUGGUGCACUAACGAUUGAUGACUGCUCACUCAAACUUGAACAGCUUUUUUUUUUAUUUUGCUAAUUUUUAUGGCGCCUGGCCUAUGCUCCUGAGAACCAGCGUCCACUGCAGUGGACAUUUAUUUAUAUUUUUUUGCAAAACAGAUUUUUUAUUGUAAGUUUGACUAAAGAAAUAGAGCAAAAAUAAAUGUCCUCUGCAGAGGACGCUGGUUCUCAAGAGGAUAUUGAGAUCGUAGGAGACAGAAAGAGGCUUGUGAAGCACUUACACCCUGCAAAAGGCUAGAAGCACCGACACACACCCACAGGGCAGGGUGCUCGACAACAUAGAUCCACGGGCCAAACAUUCCGCAGUCUUUUUCUAGUUCUGUUGUGUGUGUGUGUGUGUGUGUGUGUGUGUGUGUGUGUGUGUGUGUGUGUGUGUGUGUGUGUGUGUGUGUGUGUGUGUGUGUUAGAGAAGCCAGCAUCUUCUGCAUGGUGUGUUUUAAAGCGGUCAAAGACCAGCUCGCCUCAUGUGUCUCAAACCCCCUACAAAAAAAAAAAAACCCUCACACACUCACGACAGCGGUGAUAUUUAAAAAGAAAAAAGAAAAAAAAAGAAAAAGAAAAAAAGCAAAUUCUAUAGAUAUAUAAAUAUAUAAAUAUAUAAAAACUAAUAUUUUGAAGUGUUUUUAGCUUUUUUUAAAUAUUGUGGUACGACUUGUGCAUUGUUUUCAAAAAGAAGAGAAACAAAAAAAAAAACGGAGAAAAAGUUGCUGUUUUUUUCUUUUUUUAAUGUCCUUUUUUGGUUUGAGUUUCCUGUUCGACUUUUUCAUUCUCUUUUGGUUCACUGGAUUUUCUG